CGGUCCGAGAGUUGGAAAAUACGCUAUCUAGUCCGGUGUUUUCGGUUGCACACAGUCGCACCGAAUCGUGGUCCAGGUUCACGCGUCACGUCGCGUCAUAAUCUUCGUUCUGGCGGGGUCUGGUGAGAUGAAACGAUAAAGGUGUGCGUUGUGUGCAAACUGUGUUGCAAGUGUGUAUCCCUUCCUACCCUUUUUUGGAAGCCGCGGUAUAUCGUGAUACACUGAUACUAGUGGUGGUGGUGUUGCUAGUGAUGAUGAUGAUGGUGAUACCCUAGUGCGUUGGGAGAGACAAUUUAGAGUCAAUUUUUGUGCUGUACCACCACACCGCGGAACUCUAGUGUGUGAGGGGCCUGUGCUCUAGGGGUCGGUUUUGCUCUGAAACCUGCCGCUGCAUCCAUUCGUUGACGAGACUCGAAGGUGUUCAGUUGAAGUACUUCAGGAGCCAUUCGUUCCAUUCUCGUGCAGUAUUUAAGUUUUGCUUAAGUAACUUAUUUGCUAGUGAUCUGCUAGUUUGCUUUGCGUGGAGUCAACAUGAUGAAGGUGCUAAUUGCUCUAUCGACCGUACUGUGCGUCGUGCUGGCAAAGGACCAGCCCAGGAAGGCAAUUGUUUUCCUGCAAGGUACUGCAGGUGUCAGCGGUAAUGUGACGAUCUCGCAACCUUCGUGCACCGAACCAGUGUUUAUCGAGAUCAACGUCGUUGGUCUCACACCUGGCAAGCACGGGUUCCACAUUCAUGAGAAGGGUGAUCUGACGGACGGUUGUGCAAGCACCGGUGGACACUACAAUCCAGAUAAGGUUAGCCAUGGUGCCCCGAACGAUCAGGUGCGUCAUGUCGGUGAUCUCGGUAAUAUUGCGGCCGAUGACAAUGGAAUCGCCAAGACAUCCUACUCCGACACGGUAGUGUCACUGUAUGGUGCCCGCAGCGUUCUUGGCCGUGCGAUCGUCAUCCACGCUGAGGUGGAUGAUCUCGGAAAGACGAACCAUCCGGACUCGCUGAAAACUGGAAAUGCUGGUGGACGCGUAGCCUGCGGUGUGAUCGGCAUUGUAGCACCUUUUGAUGAGCCGGAACAGGAAUGUGGCAGUGGACAGCAGGGGCUCAUGCCAGCUGCGCUUACCAUAACAAUUUCAUUCUUUGCGGUCCGACUGAUGGUGUUCUAAAAACCAGCUCUAACUUUUGUUUUUAUUUAAUGUUGUUUGUGUGUGUGUGUUUGUGUUGGAGGGAAAAACGAUUAAUUAAGUUUCUUUUUUGCGAAGAUAAUCUACGAUCGUUGCGUAGUACAAAAAAGUUCCAAAGCGACACCUUCCAAACGCCUUCGUGUGGGUUUAGGUUCAUCGAACUGGUACCACAAUAUCCGUUCUAACUCCAUGGAGAAGAAGAAAAGCUAAUUUUCUGAAGCAUUGCUAUGUAACGCUGAAUAUGUAAAAGAACUAACAAUAGAAACCAAACCCACCCUCCCUGUAUACAAGAAGGGUCGAUUCUAGGAAAAAGCUCAACUGAAGGAAAAAGGAAACGAUUCUUCCUUUGCUAGAAGAGCACCCAGCGUCGUAAGCACUUGUUUGCGUGAAAAGCUUGGUUUUUCACCUGCGUAACGAUUCCAUUGACAAUUUCCACCGACCACUUCCGUACGACCACACCUUCUUCACCUUCACCACUAUUAAACUGUUUUAGUUUUGUUUUGUUCAUUUGUAAGUACGUUUUUGUGUAAAUAAAGUUGUCCCCUGCCAGGCCAGCGGCAUUUGGACAAAGCGAAAUGUUCGAAACAGCUUGGUGGGUUUGAAAUGUCUUGCAAGACUGUUUGCCUGGAAGCUGAAAUUCCAACACGGUACUUCGCUUCCGAACGACCAUUCCAUUUGGUCCUGGGCAACUCUUUGUGGAAGGAUUCAGGUGUACACCUGAGCGCCUGUUUCUACGUGUGUGUUUGUGUUUAUGGGAUUUCCGCUUUUUUUGUCUGGCCGAAGACGAGAUGACUGCUGGGAACGUAAUGGACAACCGUCUGGACGGAAUCAGAUAAAGACCGUUGCUCGGUUGGGUUUGUUUGUUUAAGAAUGACAUGUGGUUAAUGGUAGACUGACCUUCAAGGACACUCAGUGCUACAGAGAGAUACAUUUGUUUAACAUAUUGAAAAUGAUGCAAUACAAGAUAUCACACAGUUUUGGUCUGAUAAAAUAAAUUUAUGGUAAAAUGAA